AUGGUGACGCUCUUUGAGGCUGGCAUGCACGUUACGAGCGCGAAGUCUCCUCGCACCCCCAGCCUCACCGCAGCCCAAAAGGAAUUCGCGAGGCAGAUGGCACAAGCGGGCAUGAAGCUGGCUCGCAUCCGGACUGCGAUGCUGCCGCAGUUCUCGCUACAGCAGAGCAAGCUUCCGGCCCUCUAG